AUGACUAUUUCCGAUCUGAAGCUGACACCUGCAGAGGCCAUCUCAACCAUUCUUGUGGGGAUCGGCCUGGGUGCAGUGGCCGCGGCAUUUCCUGAGGUAAAUCGCAGUACCUUUCAGAAGCUGGAGGACAUGUCUGCCAGGCAGUUUAUGCUGGUAUUCAUCGCCCCCAUCAUCUUCGCCGAAGGCUACGGGAUGAAGAGCCAACAGUUCUUCGACAAUAUCACCCGAAUUUUGCUGCACGCGUUUCUGGGCACGCUGAUUUCGGCUCUUGUCGUGGCGGUCGCCAUCUUUUACCUUGUGCCACUGACGGGAGCCUUGAAGCUGGAGCUUUCGGAGUGCCUCGCCUUUGGAGCCAUGAUCAGCUCCACGGACCCGGUCACCACACUCGCCAUCUUUAAAGAGCAGUCGCUGGCAGAAAAGGGCCGCGGCCCCCUCUACUACUCAGUUUUAGGCGAGUCUAUCCUGAACGAUGCUGUGGCUAUCGCCCUCUUCGGCAGCUUCGCCGACCUGGUUCGCUCCGGGGAGGUGAUCGACGCCGCUGUGUCUGCGAGGAUCUUUCUGAAUUUCCUGAAAGUCUUCGUGGCGUCUACGCUAAUCGGCGUGGCAGGCGGCUUGGCCACAGCCUUCCUCCUGAAGUCUGCGCGGCUAGGAGCCGGUUCGAGUGAAGGUGAGCAUUUCUAUUUCAACAUCCCGGAGAUCGGAGUAGCUCUUGUUCUUGCCUAUGUGCCCUUCCUUGCCGCAGAGGCUUGCGACCUUUCUGGCAUUGUGGCGAUUAUGUUUGCAGGCAUUACGAUGCGCCACUACGCGCACUUCAAUCUGACGCAGGUGACGCGGCAGAUUUUCUUGCCGACUGUGGAGCUCAUAGCUUCCCUCUGCGAGACAUAUGUCUUCAUUCUUCUGGGUCUCGGGGUGUUUCUGCUCCAGGGCGCCUUUUCAGCGUCGCUGGUGAUUUGGUCUGCCCUGGCUUGCCUUCUUGGCCGCUUAGUGCAUGUUUACCCGCUGUCGUUCCUUGCAAACCGCAUCUCGACCGGGCCGAAGCUGUCCGUGAAGGAGAUGCACAUGGUCUGGAUGGCCGGGCUGCGUGGAGUCAUUGCCUUCAUUUGCGCUCUGGGCUUCCCGAAUGAGGCCAGUCAUCAAGAGUUCUUCCUUUUCACCACGGUGAUUGUGGUCGGGGCCUCUUUGGUCUUCCUGGGCUGGCCGACCGCCCCAACGCUGCGAUGCUUGGGCCUCGCCGAGCCGGAGCCGGAACCGCUGCGUGCUCCAAGAGCUUCCUGGUCCACCCUUCCCGGUGGCGCCUCUGCGCGGUGUGUUUCGCAGAGGCAAGGGCGAGGCGUAUGA